UGUCUACCUCAAAAAAGACGAUGUGGAAGGUUUUUGCUUUCUUACUCCUUUGCGUCUGCGGCGCGUAUGCCCGCGUUUCGGCCGGAGACAUUAGAUACUUUUUAUGGAAUGGACGUGCCAAUAGGGAAGAAUUAAGAAUUAAUCAAUAUGGAAAUAACAUCGACAGAAACGCACCCGUUAAAAUUCUUAUUCACGGUUGGACCGAAAGUAUUGACUCUUUCUGGUAUGGUGGUGCUAGAACCGCGUAUGUAGGAACUGGUGCUAAUGUGAUUGCUAUUGAUUGGUCCAGACAUGCCCAAUUAACUUACCCAACUGCAGUUGGUCGUCUUUCUGACAUUGGAGAAUUUAUCGCUCAAUUUAUCAACGGAUUAGUAAAUAGUCAAGGAAUUUCUAUCAAUGACGUUCAUUUGGUUGGCCACUCUUUGGGUGCCCAUCUUUCUGGAUUUACUGGUAAAGCUCUUAGGAAUAAUUUUAGAACCACUCUUGGUAGAAUUAGUGGUUUAGACCCAGCAGGUCCAAGUUUCACCACCUCCCUCAGUAGGAAUCGUUUAGAUUCAUCUGAUGCUGCUAGAGUUGAUACAAUCCUCACGGAUGCCGGUUUAAGUG